UGAUGACUUGGGUGAAACAUCUGCAAAGAAAAUGUUGGAACGGAAAUCACGAGCUAACCUGGUAUCCUUUGAACCAUUGGGUGAACAUAUUAAAAUAGGUUUGGAUUUCCUACUGCCAUUUAUUAAAGUGCCAAUUGUAAGGAAGGUUGAUGCUUAUGGCAAUGAGCCGGCUUUAAUUAAUAUAAAUACUGCGGCCUUAGUGACCACCGGUCUAUUGGCAACAUCUAGUGCCUUGAUUUCCUACAUCUUUAGAAGAUAUGUGGUACUUGGAAGAGAAGAAUCUACCGCGGACAAGCGUCGAAGAUCGGUUAACGAUUUAGAACAUGAAUUGUGGUCCGUUUUAAAUAAUUUCAAAUUGGUUUAUAGAAAUUCUUCAGGUGCUAGAGUUGAUACCUCAUUAACUGGUCUAUUUGAUACGAUUGAUGAGACAUUUCAAAGUAACGACAUCGACCUAAGUUCAUGCAUACAAAAAGCCAUUUGUGCACGUAUACAGCUAUCUGCACGUCGUGUUAAUGAGGGUGAUUCAUCAGGUGUCGAUAAAAUUAUUGACGGUUUAAUAGGCAUUAAAUGGUUGAGAAGUGUUUUACGUCACACAUCUCUUAAGGAAGCCAUUGAGUCAAUAAAUGUUUCAUCGUUUUCCAAUCAUCAACACAACAACAUUUAUUGCGACAUUAAAUAUCCACAAUGUAAAUGGUCAGUGCCAGAAGAUAAUCUAAUUGAUAUAAUUACAACUUAUUUGAAAUUUACGUGAGAAUAUUGACAUUAUUUUUACUGCCA